AUGUCAAGGUUAUUUCAUAAGAAAACACCUCAAGAAAUAGUCCGAGAACAAAAAUUAAAUAUUUCUAAAUCUAUUAGAGAAAUUACAAGAGAAUCUAAAAGAUUAGAACGUGAAGAAGUAAGAUUAACAAAUGAAAUUAGAAAGAUGGCUCGAUUAGGAAGAACUAAUACUGUAAAGGUAAUGGCUGCCGACUUAGUUAAAACUAAAAAACAAAUUGAUAAACUUCAAGUUGUUAUUGCACAAUUAAACUCUACUAAAAUGAAAUUAACAGAAAUGAGUUCAAUGGUUGCUGUAACAGAAGCAAUGAAUGGUGUAACUAAUGCAAUGAGAAAAGUAAAUGAAGCAACUAAAUUACCAGCAAUGCAAAAAGUUAUGAAUGACUUUGAAAAACAAAAUGCUGAAUUAGGAAUUAAGAAUACAAUGGUCAGUGAUAUGGUGAAUGAAGGAUAUGAAGGAGAUGAUAUUGAGGAAGAAACAGAGCUUGAAGUUGAUAAAGUAUUAACUGAAAUUGGAUUAGAUGUUGAAAAUGGUCUUAAGCCAGUCCCAGAAACUCGUCAAAGAAAUACUAGACUUAAAGAAAGAAGACAAGUUCAAAUGGAAGGUGGGGUUAAAACAAGGAAAGAAGGUAAUGAACAACCUGAAGAUUUAGACACUCCAGGGUCUCGAGUUCCUAAAGCAUUUAAUGAAGGAGAAGAUGAUGAAGAUGAGGAUGAUAUUGUUUCAAGAAUAGCCAAUCUUUAA